AUGACCGUAAGAUCUUCAAUUGCCUUCGAGCGCAAUACACUUGGUAUAACGAUUUUCCAACAUUUCGAUGCUCUUUCUGUAGUACUAAACGUCAAGGCCUUCCAAAUACGCCUCGGUUUCCGCAAUGACUUCCUCAUUCGAUAUAAAUCUCUUUGCCUGGAGCCACCGCUUGAGGUAAUCGAUGAAAAUUAUGCCAUGCGCAUCCCAAAAAACGGAAGCCAAAAUUUUCUCGGCCUGUUGGUCUUUUGGCCGCUUUGGUUGGCUUUCGUGGCUUUUCAGCCACUCUGCAGACCGCCUAUUAGACUCAGGCGAGUAGAUGUGGGCACGGCCGGCGGAAAACGUGGUGAAGGUGAGGGUAGACACCACUCGGAAAAUUUCUGUGUGGUGAAUCCAACAGUCGGCGAAUUAAUUAGAGACCCUAUAAAAAGAGACUCGUCAACUUAUCACGUGACUUAUAUGUUCGCCCAUACUCCAGCCAAUCAGAAUACGACGAGUUGGAUAUCAGUGUCAUUCCCACGUUGGCAGAAGGCAAAUCCUUGGCUUGAAUUGAACGCAAAUAAGAAAGCAAUUUGCACUACUUGUACUGAAGCGUUGGAGAAAAAAUUAAUUUUGUCUUACGAUUCACGCGCUUUGAAGUCAAAGGAAGCCUGGGUUGACACAGGAUUUAACAACUGGAAUAACGCUACAUUCAGAAUCAAGAAACAUUCAACAAGUUCAUUACACGUAGAUAGUACUGAAGCUCUAGCAAAACUGAAGACAGUUUCAAUAUUAUUCAACAUUAUUCAAUAUUUAUCAAGUGCAACAGAAAAGCAAAUGAUGAAUCACCGGACAGCACAGCGAAAAAUUUUCAGUACUUUAAAAGUAUUAGCAAAACAAGGGCUGCCCUUGCGUGGCAUCAAUAACGACGAAAAUUCAAACUUUAUACAAAUAUUAAAAGCACGCGCAGAAGAUGUAUCGGAACUGGAAUCGUGGCUGAAACGGAAUGGCCACAAAUGGUUACAUCAUGAUGUACAAAACGAAAUAUUAGAACUCAUGGCUGCAAAAGUUAUGGCAGAAAAUCUUGUGGAAAUAAGACAAGCAGAAUUUUGUGCGUUACUUUUGGACGAAACUUCUGACUUGUCGAAGAUGGAACAGAUAUCGAUAUGUUUGAGAGAUGCCAUGGAAGGAGUUCCAGCUACAAGAAAAUUCAUAGGAGUAGUAAAAGAUAUGAUUAAUUUUGUAAAAGAUUCACCGAAACGUAUCUCACAAUUUCAACAACUCCAGUCAGAAUCAGAAAGUUCCACGAAUAAAAAUCUUACCCUCGCUGCCUACUGCCGAACCAGUCGUUUUGAUACGGAAGCAGCUCGAUUUCUAAAAUCUUUAGAAGCCUUUGCCGUUGGCGAAUCUACAAAUGUUGCAAAAAUUAUCAAUUUUUAUGGAGACGACUUUGUUAGCGCUAAAUUGCCUAGUCGCAUAGAGAAGGCCGAAGCUUUAUGGGUCGAAUUUGAGUCAUUACAAAAUAAAAUAGAAGACUUGGAAGAUAACGAAUUGCAAAUACAACAACGCAUAGAGUUUGAAAAUUCGUACCAUGAGCUUAUUAGCAAGGCCCGUCUGAUUGAAUUGAGAGAUCGACCCACUCAACCCCCACCUCUCGCAGGCACGCCACGAAUACUUGUGCAGCCGCAAGCAAUAGCGGUAGACGAGCAAGCCGCUGCUGGCACGCAUGUAAAACUUCCCCGAAUAGAUAUGCCCAAAUUCGAUGGCAAUUACGAGCGUUGGGUGCCAUUCAGAGAUUUAUUUGAGUCGCUCAUAGCAACAAAUCCAUCUCUUUCACCUGUGCAAAAAUUGUAUUAUUUAACCACCGCCUUAAGUGGUGAGGCAGCUAAAGUAAUAGCCCCGUUAGAAAUUACAAACGAUAACUAUGCAAUUGCAUGGGAAUUAUUAAAAAAUAGAUUUGAAAAUAAACGGUUAAUAGUCCAGUAUUUGAUUCAAACCUUGCUAGAUAUAACGCCAAUAGUUAAAGAAUCUUAUACGGAAUUGAGGCACUUAGUGGACAAUGUAUCCCAAUAUAUUAAAUCGUUAUCAAAACUGGGGCAGCCUGUCGAAAGCUGGGGUACCUUAUUGAUUCACAUCUUGUUACCCAAAAUUGAUAAGGGUUCACGACGAGAAUGGGAAUUGAAAAGGUCAAAUAUGAGUGAAUUCCCUACAGUAGCGGAAUUUAUGGACUUCCUUACUAAUCGCAGCUCCUUUUUAGAAGCGUUGUCUCACGGAAACCGUAACACCCAGCCCUCUGGUGACUCUCGCAAUGCAAGCAGACCGGCUCAUGCUCAAAAUAAAAAUCUUUCACAAGCCUACGUGGUUACAGACGACAGAACUUGUCCAGUGUGCAGCAAAAAUCACAAACUACAUGAUUGUCAAGCAUUUCUCAACAUGUCAGCAGAUAGCAGAACUGCGGAAGUAAAGAAAAAAAAAUUAUGCAUCAAAUGCCUCCAAAGCUUUCAUGGUCGAAACUGCAAGUUCUCAAAUUGUAAAGAAUGUCAGGGAUAUCAUAACACCUUGCUGCACAAAUUUAAAUUAAUCUCCAAACCCAUAAGCAACAAUGGGAUAAAGGAGAAGAGUAAUGAGCAGGCUGAGGCAGUCAAUCAGAGGGGUGUGGUGGCCGUAGACGAAAAGGUAACCACGUCCUUAAACCAUUGUAGUAUUAAGGGGCCUCCUCAGGUUUUGUUGUCCACCGCGGUCGUUUUGGUGCGAGACGCAGCCGGAAGGUCACACGAAUGCCGAGUGUUGCUCGAUAACGGCGCCCAAUCAAAUCUUAUGACUCGCGAACUUAAUGAAAAAUUAAAUCUAAAGCUAAAUUCAAGUAACGUCUCCAUCAAAGGCAUAAGCAGCACACCAAUAAAAGUUAUCCAGCAAACGUUUGCAACCAUUCAAUCACGAGUUAAAAACUUUACAGUUAAACUUCCGUUUCUAAUAGUAGACAAUAUUACUGAACAAGUACCGAUAUACAAAAUAAAUAAAAAGAUGUUAAACGUUCCUAAUGAAUUAGCUUUAGCGGAUCCGAAUUGUUGCACUCCGAGCGACGUAGAUAUGUUGUUAGCAGCAGACACAUUUUGGAAGGUCCUUCGGAACGGGCAAAUAAAAAUAAAAAAUCAACAAAUUGUAUUUCGAGAAACACUUUUAGGCUGGAUAAUGACAGGAAGCUUGGGCUCCAGCAAAAUAACUACGCAAGCAAAAGCUCACUGCAAUGUGGCUACUACGCUGCGCACACAACUCGAAAAAUUUUGGAAUAUUGAGGAAAUAGACAAACCAACAUAUCAUUCUCAGGAAGAAGGGGCAUGCGAAGAACAGUUCCUGAAAACGCAUUUUCGAAACCCGGAGGGCCAAUUUACAGUUCAACUGCCGGUAAAGUCUAACAUCGAGGAGUUAGGUGAAUCUUACGACGCUGCAACAAAAAGAUUCAAGGCCAUUGAACGAAAGCUCAAGAAACAACCAGAGUUAAAAAGAGCAUAUCAAGACUUUAUGUCAGAAUAUCUACAGUUGAACCACAUGGCAGAAGUUCCACCGCAUGAGACACAAGGCAAUUUAUCCUAUUAUCUCCCUCACCACGCUGUCCUCAAAGAAGACAGCGAUACAACAAAGGUGAGAGUAGUGUUCGACUCAUCGUGCAAGACGUCAACGGGAAUAUCUUUGAACGAUUGUCUCAGAGUUGGUCCCACCAUUCAGAAUGAUUUAUUUGAUAUCGUUCUACGACUGCGGCAGCACAAAUACGCGAUGUCCGCAGACAUCGUCAAAAUGUAUCGCCAAGUUAAUGUGGCCGAUAAUGAUACACACCUGCAGCGAAUAUUAUGGAGAUGGAGCGAAGACGAACCAAUCCGCACAUUUCGUCUCACCACCGUCACAUAUGGCCUAGCCAGCUCGUCUUUUUUGGCUAUCAGAUGCCUUCAAGAAACGGCAUUGCAGAAACAAAGGGAGUAUCCAGAAGCAAGUGCAGCAAUACUUAACGACUUCUAUGUAGACGAUCUGUUGACAGGCGCUCCCACAGCCAACGACCUCAAAAGACAAAAACAGGACAUAAUCGAAAUACUCAAUAACGCGUGCUUUGAGUUGAGAAAAUGGAAAUCCAAUUGGCCUGGAAUUAAUGAACAAAGCACGAGCGACUCCACCGUCAAAAUUGGCGAACAUACGCAAAUAUUGGGCUUAUUAUGGAAUACCACCCAUGAUACAUUCCAUUUCAAAUGGCGGCUGGAUGAAGAAAAGGGAAAAGUCACCAAACGUAGCAUCUUGACUCAAAUAGCACAGAUAUAUGAUCCUUUGGGAUGGUUAGGACCGACCAUAGUUAAAGCAAAAAUACUCUUGCAACGCUUAUGGCAAGAAAAGGCUAGCUGGGACGAACAAAUUACUGGAGUAACACUGCAAAUGUGGAGAAAAUGGAGAUCACAGAUUUACCGAAUCCAAUCAAUCACAAUACCCAGAAGAAUAAUAAAAGAAGGGUGGAUACGUCUAGAACUGCACGGAUUUUGCGACGCAUCGGAGGCAGUGUAUGGCGCAUGUUUAUAUCUCCGAAAUAUCACGUCAAAGGGUGUGCAUAGUAGCAGUUUAUUAUGUGCCAAAUCAAGAAUAGCACCGCUGAAAAAAGUAUCUUUGUCCAGAUUGGAAUUAUGCGGGGCGCUUUUAUUAGCGCAUCUCGCAGAAAAAGCCAUACAUGCAUUAAAAAUCUCAAUACAUAAAAUAUAUUAUUGGAGUGACUCCACUGUAACAUUGUCAUGGAUAGACAAUGAGCCUAGCAAAUGGACUACAUUUGUAGCAAACAGAGUGGCGGAAAUACAACGCAUCACUAAUAGAGCGCCUUGGUAUCAUGUAAAAUCAGAGGACAAUCCCGCCGAUCCCUUAUCAAGAGGAGUUAACCCAGAUCAAUUGGAAACGAAAAAGCUUUGGUGGGAAGGUCCACAAUUUCUACAAUGUGAUACAACAUUGCAACCAUACAGUUGCAAAACAGGUGACGUCAGUGUUCCAGAGAAACGAAACAUAAAAUCAGUGGUGUUAGCAAAUUUAUCAAAACCCUCAGAUCGUAAUAACAACACAUUAACAAUACAAGAAUUAGAACAAGCAUUAACUGCAAUCAUUAAAAUUUGCCAAGCUAACACAUUCACGCAAGAGUUAAAUGACUUAGUAAAAAACGCGAAAGUGGGCCCGAAAAGUAGACUUUCAACUCUCCACCCAUUCUUGGAUCAUGAAGGUCCACAGGCAGUUCUCGCAAUAGUACGCAACAAUUUCUGGCCGUUAGCGGAUAGAAGCGAAGUACGUAGAGUCUGCAAAGGGCUGCAUUGUUUGCUUUCGUACAAAACCAAAAAGCGAUUGGACUACGCGGGUCCAUUUAGCAUAAAGAUAUCGCGGAACAAAACUAGUAAAGCGUACCUAGCCAUUUUUGUAUGCUUAUCGACGAAAGCGGUUCAUUUCGAAUUGGUGUCUGAUCUGACAGCCACGGCUUUUCUCAAUGCAUUAAAGCGAUUCAUCGCGCGGAGAGGCAAAUGUAUUACGUUAUAUUCGGAUAACGGUACCACGUUUGUGGGAGCUAAUAAUCAGCUAAAAGAAUUAAAGAAAUUUCUUUGUAAGGAAGAAAAUCAAAUACGCGAUUAUUUAUCCGAGCAAUUUAUAGAGUGGAAGUUCAUACCCCCAUAUUCUCCACACGUAGGAGGAUUAUGGGAGGCAGCUGUAAAGUCAGCAAAAACGCACAUGAGAAAGGUCGUCGGCGCUAGUCUGUUAUAUUUUGAAGAGCUGUAUACCUUGUUAACGCAAAUAGAAGCGUGCCUAAAUUCAAGACCCAUUACACCGCUGUCUGAUAGUCCAGACGAUCUUCAAGCACUGACCCCAGGUCAUUUCAUAAUAGGCGAAGCGCUAACUGCGAUCCCCGAUCGUAACCUCACGGAAACGCCGUCCAAUCGUUUAACGCGCUAUCAAUUACUAGCCCAGAUAAGACAGCACUUCUGGAAGCGUUGGUCUGUAGAAUAUUUAUCACAGCUACAGCAGCGAUUCAAAUGGAAGACAGGCAAGGACUUAAAUAUAAAGGAGGGCACCAUGGUGCUAGUCAGGGAUGAGAAUACCCAUCCUAUGAUCUGGCCACUAGGUCGCAUUGUAAAGGUCCACCCGGGACCUGAUGGAAUUAUUCGUCUAGUAACCAUACGUACACAGCGAGGCUUAACACAGCGAACCUUGCCCAAAAUUUGUAUCUUGCCUUUAGAACAAAAGGAAACAUAA